AUGGCGUGCUCGUCGUCGCUGUUGAUGUUCAAGCUCGAAAAUGUGGAAUCCAGGAAUCCACUGGAAUGCAUCAUAUGCGACCGGGAAUUCUCCUCGCCAGUUCGCUUAUCAUGUCAGCACAGUUACUGCCGAGAAUGCAUUCAAAAUCGUAAAAGCUGUCCAGUUUGCGGUGCGCCAGUGGAUGGCGAGGCGUGCCCGGAUACUCUUCUUUCAUUUUUGAUUGAUACCAGCCAUGAAACUGCUGAUGUAUGUGCCAACUGUGAUAAGAUAUCGCAGCCAAUGCAUUUUUGUGAAACCUGUCAACAGGCGCUUUGUAAUCGCUGCCGACAAAACACGCAUCAGGCGCGAAUGUUUGCUGCCCAUCGAGUUGUGCCGCUGGAGGAAAGAGCACGAGUCAAGGGACGCAUAACAUUUUAUUGCGAGGAAAUAAAUUUAAGGCUUCAUCUUGUUCAUAUUGAUGCUGCACAUAAGCUGAUUUGUGAGAAGUUGGAUAAAGCAACUGUCAAACUGCGCUCUUUUCAGGAUGAUGUACGUGAACAGCUACAGUUGCGGAAACGUUUGGCAUCCGAACUUGCUGAAAGUCAUCGUGUUGCUUGCGAGAGUAUUCGGCAGACAUGCCAAGAGAUGACCGAUACACUGUUAGCACUCCGUGAUCGUUUAUUGAAAAAGCUUGACGACGAGAUGGCAACACGAGUGCAACACUUCCAUGAGCAGAUGCGACGGUUGACUUCGCUACAGAGUUUAAUGGCAAUGCAGUGCGAGAAGCCACAGUAUACCGGUGAUUUAACAAUCGAUAGUAGGGAAGAAUUCAGUAGGGCGUUGGAGCCUUUCUUGGGGCUGUCUUCGUUUCUGCUAAACACUGAAAGAAAUAAAGGAAAUGAGGGCAGUGAGAAGACUUGUGGAACAGCGUCACCACGAAGUAGUUUUGUGAGACACUCUGGGUCGGGAUAUGUGAACGGUUGUCAGUUAUUGCUAAGCAAGUACCAGCUGGUGGUUGAUCUGGCCGGUGCAUUUGGCGAGCAGUUUGCGCGGGUUGAGACCCCACUUCAGCAGUUCAGUCAAGAAAUGUCCGUUAUGGGUAAAAAGGUGCAGGAGCUGCAAAGGGACUUGACCCUGCGAAGAUGUAUCAUUGAGAAGGAUGUGAUUGACGAUCUCGUGAACAGAUGCAAAGAAUUGUAUAUAAAAGUUGGAGAACAUUCGACAGUGGUCAGUGAUCUGCAGCCGCAGCUACAGCUCAUUUGGCAAGAACAACUUGAUCGAGUCCGUAGGCAGCAGGCUUUAUUCCGAAAAAAGGUGGAAGAGACGAUCACACUACGGGAGAAUGCACGUCAUCUGCUCUGUGCAUCAAAACAACUUGAGCCAUAUGCAGUUUGCUUGGCGGCCGUAACAUCGGUGAUUGACCACAAACGUUGUCAGAAGCCGGAUCCGGCACCAAUGGAGACCAUUUGCCAGCAGAUCAAUACAAUCGAGCCGGAUAGCCAACAAAGAAUUGAAGCUAUUGAGAAGGAGGAACAAAUACGUCGCAUGGUACAGAACCAGAGGAAGCGUGAGGAACAAAUGAAAAUUGCAGCGGUAAAGAAAAGCUUGAAAACAACGAAGGAACAAAAGAAGUUGAUGAAGAAGACUACUGCUGAU